CAAACAGAGCCCAAUGGGUAGGAAAGCAGCAGUAACGGUGAACACAUCUGCCCGUUAGUGACUAACACCAGUUAGUAACAGUCCGGUCACUGGCGGUGGGUUUUCGGCUGGUUGUGCUCUCGGGACACGGAUGCUGUCAGUGCAAAUAGCGAUGAAAGGAGCGAAAAUAGUUUGCUUGUCCUCACCGGUUGUAGCAGCCGAUCAUACAGCCUAACCGUUACUGGACUCCGGACCCUUUCUUCUCUUUUUUGACGGUUGGAGACCGUUAACUAUCACAGCGACCGUUAGCUUCAAAUAUUACUUUUCUCUCUUUACAUUUUUCAUUCAGUCAGAAUUAUUUCGCUCGUAUUUUUUCUUAUUAAGUCGAGUUUUGAGCUUUCGUCCAAAAAUGUUGACAGGAUCUAAAACCACGUUCAAAGUGAGACAAAUGCUCCCAGAUAUCAAGGAGAGGAUGCUGAGUCAGAGUGGGGUGAGCGCGAGGAGUCGAGACGUGUUUGGGCUCCGCUGCCUACCAGGUGAGUGUGUACUUCAGAGAGCUGUGAUGGUGAGGAAGAAGUUGACUGCCAGGGAAGGAAGAGGUUGGGUGUCUGGGACCCUUUUCUGUACCCACUUCAGAGUGGCCUUCGUGCCCCAGGACAGUCCCAAACCUGACGACAAUGCAGAUCCAGUGCUUUUAGGAGAUCAUGAUGUGGCUUUGGCGUCUAUAGAGAAGGUUGUGGUUGUGGGCCCAAACCGGACCAAGCUGGUGACCCCAAACUCCUCGCUGAAGUUCACUCCAGAGGAGCUGGUGCUUUACUGUAGGGACCUGCGAGUCAUCUGCUUCCUGUUUGACCGCCUCACGCCAGACGCACAAGUCAUAGAGAUAACCUACACCAUCGCCAAGACCUACCAGCCUCCUAAACCAGGGUCAGUUCUAUCUUUCCAGAACGCGGCCCUCGGGAGUGUAGAAAUGAAGCAGUUUCUAAGCAACCGUCGCAGAAACACCCACAUGAUCUGGUUUGAGUCUGCUUCAGACUGGGAGCAGGAGCUGGAGAGGUGCGGGGCCACUGGCUGGAGAGUCAGCUCGGUCAACGACCGCUUCGAGAUGUCCACCAGCCUGCCGAGGUGCAUCGUGGUGCCGCAAAAGGUUUUAGACACUGAGCUGAAGAAAAGCUUCGCCCACUUCAAUGAAGGACGCAUCCCUCGCUGGUGUUGGCGACACCCUCGAGGCAGCGAUCUACUGCGAAUGGCGAGCUUCCAGAACAACAUCUACCACGAGAAAGACGACAUCAGGAACCUGGAGAUGAUCCUGUUUGGUUGCCAGUCCUCUCUGUGUGUGGUGGUGGAGCUGGGCGAGGAGCUGCCCUCACCUGCAGACAUCCAGCUGGCACACAGCCGCCUGCGCGCCCUCUGUCUCGGAGAUAUCUCCACAUCUGUGUCAGUGCCUGAUGACAAAUGGUUAUCUACCCUGGAAAGCACCCACUGGCUAGACUACACAAGAUCCUGUCUGAGGAAAGCUUCAGAGGUAGCCUGCCUUCUUCGCGGCGGUCACCUGACUGUGGCACUGCAAGAGGCGGACGACCGGGACAUGGGCUGUGUGGUGUCCAGCCUGGUGCAGGUGAUGUGUGACCCUCACUGUCGGACGCAACACGGUUUCCAGAGCCUGGUGCAGAAGGAGUGGGUGAUGGCCGGCCACCGCUUCAACAGCCGCAUCAACUAUCACCGCGACAACGACAAAGAGGAGGCUCCAGUCUUCCUGCUCUUCCUGGACUGUGUCUGGCAGCUCUUGUCCCAGUAUCCCUCUCGCUUCCAGCUGACAGAUGACUUCCUGUUGGCCUUGCACGACAGCAUCCACCUGCCACUCUUCUCCAGCUUCCUGGCCAACUGCCAGCGAGAGAGAUGCAAACGCUCCCAGAACCCCGGGCAGUCCUACACACCAGUCAACGGCUGGAGAGAUGUGCUUCAUCCGGAUUCUUCCUCCGACUCCUCUGACCCUCCUCUGCCCUCGGUGUGGGACUGGUCCCUGCAGUACAGCAAGCACAGACGAGACCGCUUCACCCAACCCGUCCCUCCGAUCCCUCCUCUCCAGCCGCUGCUCAAUGGCAACCUCAACACCAACCCAGACACGCACCGGCUGACUGACACCAUCCCCGGCUCAGUCUUCCUCCUCUCUCGAGGGACCUUCUCCUGUCCUUCUAACCUGCUUCCCUGGCGCAGCGGCAGUUCAGGCGUUUACAAGAAGAGCCACCGGAGAGCGCCGUCCUCUGAGAACGUGCCCGGCCUGGAGAGGCUGCUGAAAGCCUGGGCCCUGGCUGAGUUUCCCCAAGGACUCACUUCCACCUCCGGUCCUCAGGGACCACUUGACCCCUACGAGCCCUUACUGCCCCUCCUCAUGGGGCCCUGCAUGGGCCUGUGGAGGGAGUGCUACCUCCGGGGGGCGCUCCAUGCACAGGCGUUCUCCCAUCCCAUCUCCGCAAACCACCCCCACCCUGUGGAGCGGCUGGCCCGGGAGGUGCAGCAGCUCAAAGACAAGUUGGCACAAGUGUCCACGGAUCCAAACCCUCCCGCGAAGACGGCCGAGCCCCGGCGUACCGACACCAAUCUGAACCAAAACACCAACAACGGCACCUUCCUCUUCCCCGCGUCGAGGUCUCAGAGCACGACGAUGCCCAGAGCGACCGCGCCCCCUCCUACCUCCACAAACCACCAGACCUCCAGGGGCCCCCUGUCCGCCUCAGCUCCAUCAUCCAGGCCCGGACACAAAGACAAUGGCGGCAGCAACAAGCACACCUUCCUGUUUGGGCACUCUUCAGUAGCAGAGGCCCGCCCUGACCAGCGCCACUACCCAGCACCCAAUAACGCCAAGCUGCCUAAGAGCAACGGGAUACAGACCGCUCCACCCCACGACCGGGCGCUGUGACCGGUGACUUUAAUGUGGAAUUUAGGGCAUGAGAGCUAUUUUGGUACCGCUCUCAUAUCUCUCCACUUGCUUUCAGGCUUAGGAGCAGCGAGAGGCCUGUUUUCAUUCAGAGUGUCACGUUAGCCUGGAUGUGGCUAAAGUCAUAUUACUGCAGAUAGAUUCAACUCCUGCGUGUCUGACAUGAUUCCAGGGCUUUAGUUAUAUAAUCUUAUCUAAACGUUCAUCUUUAUUUUCCAGUAUUUGUAUUUUAAAUCAUGAUCAGUCACAUUUUUGACGUCAUGCAUGUACAUAAGUGUGAUUUCUGAAUUGUUUGACCAAAUUUAGUAUUAUUUUUGAAGAUUUCUCGAUAAUUUUGUGUUUGACUGGAAGAACACAAACGCUAUUCUGCCUUUUUUUUAGAUUUGCCGUACCUUAAGCAGGCACCACUGUUGGAAGCAAAGGGAAGCUUAUUUCUUCCUGUGUUUACUUUUCAUGUUUGCUGCCUGGAGGUGUAUUAGUACACAGCCAGCAUUUAGGUCAAGGACUUGGAAGUGUCUGACUGUAUUUAAAAGCACAGAAGGAAGCAUCGUCCUGCUCCUUUUUAAAAACCUAACAGGUUGUCGUUUGCAUGAUGUGGGUGACCAGUGGACGCACUGGCGUCAUUUCUGGCGUCACUGGCGUCAUUUCCACAGAUGGAUGAAAUUGUUACGCAUUUCAAAAAGCAAGUUUUUUUUUUUUUCUAAAUUUUAUUUCCGGCAGGAUAACGGUUGUCAGACGUAUGACUGAUGCAGAUCUUCUCUCAUGUCAAAUGGUACCUCACUUGAUAGCACUAUGAAUUAUUAAAUUGUUGUAAAUAUUCAUCACAUCAAUAUCAAGGCACAUUGAUAUCAGCUACAAUUUCAGAGCUUUCCAGGUGUGAUGCCAAUGCAUUCGCUUGUCUUCCGUGGAACAAAAACAAAACACAUCUUUGUCCUCAUGGAAAAUCUAAUUUGAUCUUCUGCUACACCUGUCGGCCUGUAUCGUUGUAUAAUUUAAUGUUUUUGGUACGAACUUCACUUCAAUUUGCCAGAUGUACAUAUUUUUUGUAUCAGCAUGUUUUGAUCCUGAUAAAAUAAAAAGUGUUAUCAGUUCUAUAAACUCAA